GAAAAAAAAAAAAGCAGAAAAUCUGAACAUGUAAUUCUCCCUCAUAUGGCAACUUCGUCCACAUCUGCCUUUUCCAGAAAGAGAAACCGCUGCCAACUCUCCGUACUACCUCUGCUGCUUCUUUUCCUCGUCUGCUUGUUCUUCUUCAGCAGAAGGGCUCUCGAGUCCAAGGUCUCCUUAUACAGGGAUCUCAUCUCUCAAGCCCCUGUACCGCUCCUCCCGUCUCCGCCGAGAUCGGCUGAGUUCAGUGAGAAAUUUAAUGAUUUAAGACAACCUGUUCCAUCAGGUUCUGAUCGUGGUGCCAGUGUGGAUGGAAAUAGUACUGUCCCCCCUGGAUUGUCUGCUCCUGGAUAUGAAGGAGAAGAGAGUAAAGAGGAAAGAAAUGUGCCCGUUUCAUCAAAAUCUGAUCUUGAUGGUGAAACUACUGAGAAUUCGACAGGGCAGGUUAUUUCGCCGGAGGCUGAAUCUCAGGGCAAUUUUGAGGGAAUAAUUGGUGCACCCGUUUCGGAAAAUGGGAAAACGGCGGCCCCCGUUUCAUCAAAAGAUGAUCUUGAUGAGAAGACCAGGGGAAAUUCUGAAAUUCUUGGCGUCAAGGAAAAGUCUUUCGAGGAAGCCGUUUCAUCAGGUACUGAAGCUGGAGGUGUUAUUGACAAUGCUAUAGCAGAAAAGUUGGGGAAUUGUGAUAUUUACAAGGGAAAAUGGGUGAGAGAUGAGGGUUAUCCACUUUACAGACCAGGGUCUUGCCCAUAUGUUGAUGAGGCCUUUGAUUGCCUGAGCAAUGGAAGGCCUGACUAUGGCUAUCUGAAAUGGAGAUGGAAACCAGAUGACUGUGAUCUUCCCAGGUUUAAUGCGACAGACUUUUUGGUGAGACUGAGAGGAAAAAGGCUUAUGCUGGUAGGAGACUCUAUGAACCGGAACCAGUUUGAAUCCCUCCUCUGUCUUUUACGUGAAGCUCUACCUGAUAAGAGCAAAAUGUAUGAAGUCCAUGGGUAUAAAAUAACAAAAGGAAGAGGCUUUUACAUUUUCAAAUUUGAGGAUUAUAAUUGCACAGUGGAAUUUGUCCGGUCGCAUUUCCUGGUUCGGGAGGGGAUUCGUGUCAAUGGACAAGGAAACUCUAAUCCGACUCUAUCAAUAGAUCGUGUUGACAAGUCGUCUGGUCGUUGGACGAGAGCCGAUAUUCUUGUGUUUAAUACAGGGCACUGGUGGACACAUGGCAAGACCUCUAGGGGUAAAAACUACUAUAAAGAAGGUGAGUACAUCUAUCCUCGAUUUGAUCCUGUGGAAGCGUAUAGGAGAGCCAUGAAGACCUGGGCUACAUGGAUAAAAAAAAACCUCAAACAAGACAAGCUGGUGUUUUAUCGUGGCUACUCAACUGCUCAUUUUAGAGGUGGAGCAUGGGAUUCAGGCGGAACAUGCAACGGAGAGAAGGAACCUGUAGUAAACGGGACUGUUCUGGAUAACUAUCCUGAAAAGAUGAGGAUUGUAGAGAAUGUGAUCAAAGAAACACAGGUUCCCAUUGUGCUUCUAAACGUCACACGACUAACCAACUACCGCAAAGACGGACACCCUUCUGUUUACGGGAAGAACGUGACCGGCUUGACGAAGAUCUCUACAAAAAGGCAAGACUGCAGCCACUGGUGUCUUCCCGGUGUUCCUGAUGCCUGGAACGAGCUAAUAUACACCACACUGGUUGCCAGACAAACGUCGCCUCAUAACCAGUGAUAUCUUCAGUUACUUGUGCACAUUUCUUUGGUCACAACGCCAGACUAACAGUUAGAUGUCGUUUAUAGGAACGGAUGUAAAACUCUUUGGCUCAUAAUGCAAAUGCCAUAGCUAUAGUAGUUUUUACUCGGAAAAAUACACGCUCUUGCUCGUGGAGAUACGGCUGCAGUCGCAGUUACGGCAAACGUUGAUGAUGUGUAUGUAUGAAAAAAAACUAACUGUGAGGUGGUGAUACAAGAAUUGAUUCUGAGAAAGGGGUAACUAUUUCAACCAAAGCAACAUGAUGGUGCUGAGAUUA